AUGGAGAGCGUCAUCAAGGCCAUGAGCAGCGCGUACGAGGACUUCGCGGCCGCGGCGGCGAGCGUGGUGCGGGAGAGGGAAGCAUCAGGCGGCCGGCGGACGGCGGCGACGGACGUGGCGCUGGAGAACUUCAGGCAGCGGUGGGAGCUCUUCAGGGCGUCGUGCGAUCGGGCGGAGGAGGUAAUGGACAUGGCGAGGAGGAGGAUCACGACGGAGUCCGUGGUGGACGCGGCCGCCUCCGCGGCGGAAAGGCCGGCGGAGGCGGGGCUAACGCCGGUCAGCGUGCCCCGAUUGGAGCAGGCGCUGCACGCCGUCAACUCCCUCGCCGCGGACCUCCGACGUGGCCCCGGUGGCGCCGCCGUCUCCCCCCCGGCCUCCAGCCCCUCUGGUGUAACAUCUCAAGCAGAGAAGGCAGAUUGA